AUAGGUCAUGAGCAUGAGUAAUGUGAUAUUUUGAUUCAAUAAUUUAUUUUUGUUAACAAAUUUAUCUCAUAAAUAAAGGCUGUGAUAUAUAUUUUUCCACAUAAUACAAGUUUUUUUUGCAUAUAACAAAAAAUGGAGAAUAAAGAAAGUGUUGAAAUAAAUAAUAUUAACGAAGAACCAGUGAAUUCUGGCAUGGAGCAUUGCUAUGAAAAUUUAAUUGUUAUUGAUGUUGGUGCUAAUUUAACAAAUAAGAAAUAUAAUCGGGAUCUAGAUUCGGUUAUUCAACGUGCACAAGACGCAGGCGUCAAAAAGUUACUAGUCCCAGGUACAUCUGUACGAACGAGUAAGGAAGCAUUAAGAUUAACACGUUUACAUCCAGGAGUAUGUUAUUGCGCAGCUGGUAUGCAUCCACAUGAUGCACGAAGUUAUAGUCCAGAGUCAUGGGAAGAGUUACGUGAAAUCGCUUUAGCACCUGAAUGUGUUGCAAUUGGAGAAUGUGGAUUAGAUUACAACAGGAAUUUUAGUGAACCAGCCGAACAGAAAGAAGUAUUUGUUAAACAAAUUGAAUUGGCAUGCGAAUUACAAAAACCGUUGUAUAUACACGAACGAGAUGCACACGAAGAACUUUUAGAAUUAUUACGACCCUAUGAGGAACGAGGCACAUUACCACCAGUUUUAAUACAUUGCUUUACAGGUACAGAAGAACAAGCGAAAACGUACUUAAAUCAUGGAUUUUAUAUAGGUUUAACUGGAUACUUGUGUAAAGAUAAAUCUGAUACAGGAAUUAGGAAAUUAUUAAUUGACGGGUCUCUACCAUUAGAUCGAUUACUUGUUGAGACUGAUUCACCAUUUAUGUAUCCGAAUACACGGGCUUCCAAAUUACCACCACACGUUAAGGAUGCAUUAACUGAGCGAUCCAUGACAUUUUUACAACGUUAUUGCACUUUCCAAAGAAAUGAACCAUGUUCAUUGCCAGCUAUUGUUGAAAUGGUGGCAGCAUUUAUGAAUAAAAAUCCCGAAGAUGUAGCCCUAUCGACAGCUUUUAAUGCUCUCAAAAUAUUUGGAUUGUCACAAUGAUAAAAAUAGUCAUAUUAUUAUUAUUAUUUUUUUAAUAAUUUUAUAAGACUCAAUUUAUAUAAGUCGCUUGCAAUAUUUUCCUUUUCUUAUUCAUUUUACAUAAUGAAUAUUAUUAUAUAAUUUGCGGGAACGUUUUCAUUUAUUUUUAUGUAUUUUCAAUAAUGGCUCAUUUACAUUUAGACAAUUUUUGUUAGUAUUUAGGAUAUAAAAUUGUCAUAAAUCGUAAAUUAAAAUUGUAAAAUAUGUUUUUCAUCAAACACUAAUGAAUAUGCUGUAAUCAAAUAUUAUUAUCGCAGUUAUAAUUUGGUUGCAAACUUGUUUGUACAGAAAUGUCCAGAAAAGGGAAUAUUUUAUCCGAAUUUGUGAGAUACAUAAUUACAUAGCCUUGUUUUAAUUUUGGCAGUUAAAAAGUUGUAUCAUUUUAGAAUACAUGUUUAAUAAAAUGCGAUUUAUGGCUUUUUAUUUUUAUGCAAUUUAAUUUAUUUUUAAUUUUAACAAUAUUUAGUAAUUAGUUGACUGAUUUUUAAUUGGAUUUAUUUUUAUACAGUAAUGGAAAGCGCGUUUUGGGACAGUUUUUCAGAUUUCAAUUAAAAAGUAUGUUAAUUUCUCAAACUUAUAUUACUUAUAGAUUGGUUUAAUAGAAAAAAAACAGAUUUUCGUUUAAAUGCUCGGAAUAAAAAAUAUAAAUAGAAAUAACAAAGACACCACUGGAUUGAUCCCCAUUUAUUUCAUUAAAAGUUCGCGAAACCUAGUGUUUUUUAAUUUAAAAAAUCAACCUAUUUUGGUUCGGAUACAAUUUUACGUCUAUUUUUGCCAGUGAGAAACACGUUUUGAUAUGUGGAAAUUGUCUGUUUAGUUUAUUUUGAGAAUGCCUGAGCAAACUUUGGGUUAAAAUUGUAGGCCGCAUAAUGAUACGAAUUUUCCUAAUUACCCCAAAGAUUCAUAAUUAGUAAUCAAAUUAGAUUUAAUACAGAAGAAGAAAUAACUGUCCCAAGAAGCAAGGUUUUUUUCAUUUUAUAAAAUGAGUCAAACAAUAAUAUUUAAGUAGGUUAAAUGUAAAUGAGCCUUUUAAUAGUAAAGUCCCAAUUGUAGCAUUUUCAAAAAGCAAAUAUUUUUACUCUUUAUGUACUAUCAAUUAAUAUUUUUGAUAAUUUAUAUAAUAAGUCAUUUGUAUCGGGAGCAGCUCAAAUAUCCGAUAAAGGACGGCAAUAGUAUUAAUAUUUCAUUGUACGUUUAUCUGCUGCAUAGAUUUGCACAAGCGCAAAAUUGUUUCAGGUUAGAAGUGAAGUAUCCAUGAUUACUUAUCAAGAAUGUUAUGAAGAAUCGGUCAGAGUAACUUCAUUUCCACCUCUAAUAAAGUUUUCUUUUGUUAUUAAUUAGUGUUAUUUUUUGAAUAGAACUGUACGAGAGACGCUUUAUCGAAAACAUGAUUUUUAAGUAGAAAUAUUACUUAAAAUUAAAGGUUUCACAAGAAAAUAAUAAAUUCCC